CAAAGCCUGUUCGUCUGCAACGGACGGACCAUAGGCGAGAAGUCUCGGAAGAAGCUAGGGUUUCCAAAAGAGUCUUCUCCAUUUUGCUUCCGUAGUAAACUAGAAAAUCACUUUACGAGCUUCGAAUUUCCCGGAAAAUAAAAAUGGCAGAAGAGGCUAGGAACAAGCAAGUCGUCUUUCGAGAUUUCGUGACGGGAUUUCCAAAAGAAUCCGACAUGAUAUUGAGAACCGGCACGAUACGGUUGAAGGUACCCGAAGGAUCGAAGGCCGUUCUAGUCAAGAAUCUCUACCUUUCUUGCGAUCCCUACAUGCGGUCACGGAUGGCUAAGAUCGAUGGCCCGUAUUACGUUACUUCUUUCGUGCCUGGAUCGCCCAUCGUUGGCUUUGGAGUGGCUAAAGUUUUAGAUUCUGGACAUCCAGAUUUCAAGGAAGGUGACUUGGUUUGGGGGAUGACUGGAUGGGAAGAAUUCACUCUCAUAUCAGAGCCUGAGACCCUAUUUAAAAUCAAAUACACUGAUAUUCCUCUUUCUUACUAUACGGGCAUUCUAGGUAUGGCUGGUCUUACAGCUUAUGCUGGAUUUUAUGAGGUUUGCACUCCUAAGAAAGGUGAAUACGUCUUUGUGUCAGCAGCUUCUGGUGCCGUGGGUCAACUAGUUGGACAAUUCGCUAAGCUGAUGGGCUGCUAUGUUGUUGGAAGUGCUGGUUCCAGUGACAAGGUUGAACUAUUGAAAAGUAAGUUUGGGUUCAAUGAUGCUUUCAACUAUAAGGAAGAACCUGACCUGAACAAGGCUUUAACAAGGCAUUUUCCCGAGGGAAUCGAUAUCUACUUUGAAAACGUGGGUGGCUAUAUGCUUGAUGCGGUACUCCUGAACAUGAGGCUUCAUGGUCGCAUCGCAGCAUGUGGUAUGAUCUCUCAAUAUAACCUUGAGAAACCCGAAGGUGUACACAACUUGUUUUGUCUCAUCACGAAGCGCAUCCGGAUGGAGGGGUUCCUCGUGUUUGACUAUUACCACUUGUAUCCUCAAUUUCUCGACGUGACUCGACAAUAUAUCAAGGAAGGGAAGAUUGUUUACGUAGAAGACUCGGUCGAUGGUCUCGAGAGUGCUCCAGCAGCUUUAAUAGGACUAUUCACGGGGAAGAAUGUUGGGAAACAGGUAGUUGUAAUUUCUCGAGAGUGAUUUUGAGGCAUAUUAAAUUUGCAAGACAAGAAAAUGAACUUAAAUUAAGGCUUGUGGGGCAUCUUUUAUAUAAUCUAAUAAGAGCUACUUUAAUAUAAACAAGAGAAUUAAGACUUUUAUUCUA